AUGGCCUCCUCUUCCAACAUAGACGCGCUCCCCUACUACGAUAAGCAGGUCGAAGUACCAGGCGAGUUUCCCGCUUCCGCCAAAGCUGCUGCUCAGGCUUUGAUUGAGGCCGAGCUCAGGCAGACUCCACAAAUAGCCUCGGAUGAUCCGCGAUUACCGCCAGAUGUCGCUGUAUUUCCUAAAUCAGCCGGCUUGACGCAGUUGCUCGAGAACUACGAGUCACAUCCAAUUCGCGGGAUAGAUGCGAGCAAGUAUGCUCCUCCAAGCGCAGCGGAGGGCGCGUCGUUAGAGGAUCUGGUCGCUGCGGAGAGACAAGGAAGAAUAGGGGAGGGACAUAUGGAUUUAAGAAACGACAACAUCUCAGUCCUCUCAAACUACGGUCCCAACGCCUACCUCGUCCGAAACUAUCAGCUCAACUCUCAGCUCACCGAGCUCAACUCGGUACUCGGGGACUUGAAGGAGCAGGUGACGGAGGUGAACCGGAAAAGGAGGGUGUUCCAGGAGGACACGGGUGUACAUUUGGGAAAGCUGGAAAGCAGGUGGCAGGAUCUGAUUUCGAGCACGGUGCAGCUGGAGAUGGCGUGUAGGGCGAUGGAUGGGGAGGUGAAGGGGCUGAGGAGAAAGGAGGAGGAACUGAGAACGGAGGUGGCGGAUCUGGAAGCGCAGCAAUAA